AAAAACACCGAGGAUUUGCUUUUGUUGAGUUUGAGUUGGCAGAGGAUGCCGCAGCAGCUAUCGACAACAUGGUACGGCUGAGGAUCCUCACUGUAACUGAAGGUGCCUUUUGCUGUUUUUUUUUUUAGUUUUUUGCCACAAAGUUCUCACUGCUGCCUUAAGGCUCACAUUAAGUGGCCUUUCCUGGUGCUGGUAUCUUGGUGAUGGUCUCUGCUCAGUAUUCUCUACUGCCCAUUCUCCAUGGAUGCUAUUUCAAAGCCGAUCUUGCUUUCAAAGAAUGAAUCUGAGCUCUUUGGACGGACGAUUCGUGUCAAUUUGGCCAAGCCAAUGAGAAUUAAAGAGGGCUCUUCCAGGCCAGUUUGGUCAGAUGAUGACUGGUUGAAGAAGUUUUCUGGGAAGACUCUUGAGGAGAAUAAGGAAGAAGAAGGACCUGAGCCUCCCAAAGCUGAAGCCCAAGAGGGAGAGCCCACUGCAAAAAAAGCCCGGUCAAAUCCUCAGGUGUACAUGGACAUCAAGAUUGGGAACAAGCCAGCAGGCCGAAUUCAGAUGCUCCUACGGUCUGAUGUUGUGCCCAUGACAGCAGAGAACUUCCGUUGCCUGUGCACCCAUGAAAAGGGCUUUGGCUUCAAGGGAAGCAGCUUCCACCGCAUCAUCCCCCAGUUCAUGUGCCAGGGCGGUGACUUCACAAACCACAACGGCACGGGGGGCAAGUCCAUCUACGGAAAGAAGUUCGAUGAUGAGAACUUCAUCCUUAAACACACGGGACCAGGCCUCCUCUCCAUGGCCAAUUCUGGCCCGAACACCAAUGGCUCCCAGUUCUUCUUGACCUGUGAUAAAACAGAUUGGCUGGAUGGCAAGCAUGUGGUAUUUGGGGAGAUCACGGAAGGCCUAGAUGUCUUGCGGCAGAUUGAGGCUCAGGGCAGCAAGGAUGGGAAACCAAAGCAGAAGGUGAUCAUUGCUGACUGUGGAGAGUACAUGUGAGGCUGCCUCUGCCCACCUCUGCCACACAAGGACAACUGCCUGGUCUCUGCCCCACCUCUGCCACACAAGGGCGACUGCCUGGUCUCUACCCCACCUCUGUCAGACAAGGGGGACUGCCUGGUCUCUGCCCCACCUCUGUCAGACAAGGGGGACUGCCUGGUCUCUGCCCCACCUCUGUCAGACAAGGGGGACUGCCUGGUCUCUGCCCCACCUCUGUCAGACAAGGGGGACUGCCUGGUCUCUGCCCCACCUCUGUCAGACAAGGGGGACUGCCUGGUCUCUGCCCCACCUCUGUCAGACAAGGGGGACUGCCUGGUCUCUGCCCCACCUCUGUCAGACAAGAGGGACUGCCUGGUCUCUGCCCCACCUCUGUCAGACAAGAGGACUGCCUGGUCUCUGGGCCUUGUGAACAAGCUGUACAUAGCACAAGCCUUUCCUUGGGCUCACCUGCCUUAGCAGCCACUCGUCUGCAGUGCCCAGGCCUUCUUCAGUCGUGGCUGGGCCUGAAAGCCAGCAUAGGCAGAGUGCUGCUGCCACCAGUCCUGAACUGUCUGUAGCUGCUAGGUGACUUCUUUGCUAAAAUAAACUGGUUUUUUUUUUUUUUU